CCUGUAUAUGUACAAAGACACAAGCCUUGACACGUCGAUACAAGAGGUGCCUGAUGUAAUUCCUUGUCCCUGUGAAUGUACCCUUACAAGGCUGCCAAAAUGCCUACUGCCCGUUUUUGACCACAUCGAUUCCAACCCGGGGCUGCGAUGUACUGGUCCUAUCAUAACAACAUCCUCCCACGCCAUCGCCCCUCGCCAUUGGGCGAGUAUUAACUGCACUGUUGAUAGAGAUAGUAGUGCCACCUAUCUUUCGUGAACCGCACCUCCACGACUCGGGAUCGCACGACCUCUUCUCCUGCCAAAGCUGGCUAUUAAUCCCUAGCAGGCCCCGGAAGGGCCCGUGAAGCUGCACUAUGAGUUCUCUCAAACAGUUUAUUCGCAACGUGCGUGCAGCAAAGACAAUCGCCGAUGAGCGAGCCGUCAUCCAGAAGGAGAGCGCUGCUAUCAGGGCUAGCUUCCGCGAGGAGAGCGGGGAUCACAAUGUGAGGCGCAACAACGUAGCCAAGCUCCUGUAUCUGUUCACUCUCGGAGAGAGAACCCAUUUCGGCCAAAUAGAAUGCAUCAAACUUCUCGCAUCCCCGCGGUUCGCUGAUAAACGACUUGGCCACCUCGCUACGAGCCUAUUGUUAGACGAAAAUCAGGAGGUCCUCACCUUGGUGACCAACUCGUUGAAGAAUGAUCUGGGCCACUCGAACCAAUACGUUGUGGGCCUCGCCCUCUGCACCUUGGGUAACAUCGCUUCCAUCGAGAUGUCUCGAGACUUGUUCCCCGAAAUUGAAACCUUAGUCUCGACCGCAAACCCCUACAUCCGGAGAAAAGCCGCAUUGUGUGCCAUGCGAAUAUGCCGAAAGGUCCCGGAUCUGCAAGAGCACUUUGUCGAGAAAGCUGCACAACUGCUAUCCGACAGGAACCACGGCGUACUUCUCUGCGGACUUACCUUGGUUACUAGUAUGUGCGAAGCAGAGGAAGAGGAGGGGGCGGACGAAGGGAUCAUCGAAAAAUUCAAGCAGUUUGUGCCAGUCUUGGUGAGGACCUUGAAGGGCCUCGCUACAUCUGGAUAUGCUCCCGAACACGACGUCACCGGUAUCACAGACCCCUUCCUACAGGUAAAGAUCCUACGACUUCUUCGGGUCCUCGUUCGUGGUGACGCUGAAGGAACAGAACAAAUCAACGACAUUCUCGCGCAGGUUGCCACGAACACGGAUGCUUCUAAAAAUGUUGGCAACUCCAUUCUUUACGAGGCGGUUCGAACUAUCUUGGACAUAGAGGCGGACUCUGGGCUUAGAGUUCUCGGUGUUAAUAUCUUGGGCAAAUUCCUUUCCAAUCGCGACAACAAUAUUAGAUAUGUGGCUCUUAACACCCUGAUAAAGGUCGUUGCCAUCGAACCAAACGCAGUUCAGCGGCACCGGAAUACAAUCCUCGAAUGCCUCCGGGACCCCGAUAUCAGCAUAAGGAGGCGUGCCCUCGACCUCAGCUUCACCCUGAUCAAUGAGAGUAACGUGCGAGUGCUCAUUCGAGAGUUACUCGCGUUUCUCGAGGUUGCCGAUAAUGAGUUCAAACCCAGCAUGACCAGCCAAAUCGGCAUCGCUGCUGAUCGGUACUCCCCUAAUAAACGGUGGCACAUCGAUACCAUGCUUCGCGUGCUCACUCUAGCUGGAAAUUAUGUCAAGGAGCCAAUCAUGGCCUCGUUCGUGCGACUCGUGGCGACAACUGCAGACCUCCAGACAUAUGCUGUCCAGAAGUUGUAUGCGAAUUUGAAGAAGGACAUUACUCAGGAAAGCCUAACUCAGGCGGGGGCCUGGUGUAUUGGCGAAUACGGCGAUUCACUCCUGAGGGGCGGCCAGUAUGAGGAGGAGGAGUUGGUUCAGGAGGUCCGGGAGCACGAAAUUAUCGACCUCUUCACGACCAUCCUCAACAGCAGCUACGCCACACAGGUAUCCACUGAGUACAUAGUCACCGCUCUUGUCAAACUGAGCACACGUUUGUCGGAUGUGUCUCAGGUGGACCGCAUUAAACGUCUUUUGGAAAUCCAUCAGACCAGUUUAGAUGUGGAAGUCCAACAGAGAGCAGUCGAGUACGGCAAUUUGUUUUCGUACGACCAGAUACGGCGUGGCGUGCUUGAGAAGAUGCCGCCACCGCAGAUUAAGGAAGAGUCCAGGGUCCUGGGCGAAGCCGCGAAGAAGCCCAAGAAAGGUGCUAAUCGCAAGUCGAAGCUUGUCGCAAAACCCACAACAGAUCAAGACUUACUCGAUCUAAUGGGGGACAGCACGGUAACACCGAUCGCAUCUCCUACGAACGAUUCUCAGAGCAAUACGGACCUUCUUGCCGAUAUUCUCGGUGGUAGUACAACAUCAUCCCCGCCACCGGCCACAACCUCAUCCCAACUAAACAGUACAUCGGCGAUCAUGGAUCUCUUUUCCCAGAGCCAUUCAACUCCAAGUCCAGCGCCUGUCGGUUCCAGCUUAGACAUCCUAUCGUCCGUCACCCCCCCCUCCCCUCAGCAGUCUACCACAGCUCCGUCAUCGGGCGGUAUCCCGUGUUAUAACAUGAAUGGCCUCAAUAUCACUCUCCAGCUGCAGCGCAACGCCGAAGGAGCAGUCCAAGUCAUGAGCCGCUUCCAAAACUCUUCCGGCGCCCGACUUUCCAAUGUGGGAUUACAGGCGGCAGUACCGAAAUCACAAAAGCUGCAGCUAAUGAGCAUCACGAACUCUGAUAUCGCACCAGGGUCUGACGCCACGCAGAUGAUGAGGAUUACGGGAAGCAGGGGGCCCCUUCGCUUAAUGUUAAGAAUCGGUUAUUCCCACCCGUCUGUCGGGCAAGUCAUGGAUCAAGUAAAGUGGACGGAACCGUCCUAAGUGGUAGAAACCACCAAGAGACAGGGCCCUAGGUUCACAUACCAAUUCAUCCGUCGCCAAGGGGAGGAGGUAUAUAUAGUAGUCCUCAGGUCCCCUAGUCACCAAAGGAGUGACUCGCUCACAACAGGUUCGUCGUCUCUCGCGGUAGUAUCAUUACCUGCCUAAUGAUGUAGCCUCGCAGCUAAAUACGUUGAAAUUGAUCACAUCAGGCUUAUUUUCAUUAAAAAGGCAACUAGCCUCGUAGCAUCGCAAUAAACUACGUCUAUAUCACAUACCUUGUUCGUAGACCUCUUAGGUCGAGUACAGGUGACGGGUAACGGGCUUUAUACAUCUCCUAGUUGAGUUGAUAGAGAAGAAGUAAACCACCCAAGGGCGGAUCCAUUUAACUAGCGCCCGUCUGGUAUAUAUAUAGGUACAUCGCCUCGACGAAGUGAAACCUGCAGAUUCCACCUAGACGAUACUUUGCACCUACGGCCCGCUCAUUACCCGGAA